AUGUUUAUUGGCCUGACGUUUCGACAUCCGUCUCUUUUUUCUUCUAUCCCUCAGGAUCUGGCAAUCGAGACCGUCGAAUUACUCCUACGAAACAAAUACGGUGAGACGGAGAAUCGCCCUGGACAUGCGCAAAUUCUACAGCUCCUGAAGUUCUGUCUCAGGACGCGGUCCUGCAACGACUGGAGUCGCUAUUUUUCCAAGAAACGUCUCAAAAGCGCCUCCCCGGACAUCCAAUUUACGAUGGAGGAAGAAGAGAACAACCAGCUGGCCUUUCUCGAUGUCCUCGUCUGUCGCAAAGAUUAUGGUGGUCUAAAGACUAAAGUAUUCAGGAAAGCGACAAACACGAUGCAAGUAGUGAAUAACAACAGCAACCACCCAAUCAGCCACAAACGCAGUUGCGUGAAAACACUCUCUCUGCGUGUUGAGACGCACUGCAGCGAAGAAGAAAACAAAGUUACCGAGGUAGAAUACCUC